UCUCUACGGGCCUUUGACAGCUCGUUGAAUUCUGCUUCGACAAGCGAGUGACUGACUGACUGACUGACUAUGCCAUGCACUUGAAAACUGUGAGGUUCACUUUCUUCCAUUUUACGUACACACACACAGUGCGUUGUCUACGUCGUGUUUGGUGAUCGUUUUAUCAAGAGUACCUCGCAUGUGGUUGUGGAGAAAUUCUUUACGUCACUUAUCGCUUGCUGUUGUGUAACGUAGACACGAGCAAGUUGUGAUGUCGGAGGUGUCAUAUUUCUCGUGGGUGACUCAGAGCUGAUCUCAACUUUCUGACUGAGUGACGUAGUAUUCGUAGGCAGUGAGCGGUGUGACUCCUUACCCGCACGACACGAGAGCAGAAUCCGAAACCGUUCUGUGCUCAUAUUACCAGUCACGGCCUUCUUUGUAAGUCCACCUCGGAUAAACGGGAGAGAAACUACAUGUAUGUUUUCGUAUAUAAAGAGUUAACGACAAAAUAAUCAAAAUAGAACUAUUUGUGUGGGAAUUGCGAUUUCUUUUCCCUUUCAUUUCACAUCUCGAAAUUCUAGAGUUAAUAUUUUUGUUAAAAGAUAAUAUCAGGUCUAUUUUGUUUUAAAUUAGGCUGCCGUUGUAGAGAAGAAAAGGAACUAAUAUAGACGUUCUAAUGGGCACACCCACAUCGCCAUAUUCAUGACGGUUUUCACGACUUCUGAUUGGUUUUAUCGGAGAAAAUAGUUGCGACAUUCUCCCCUCAAAGUCGUGUGGAUACUCAUCAUUGACAGACAGUGAAACAGAAAGUGUCCACUCGGCGACAUAAGAGAAUGUCGUCUUAACGGCCAGCUCACCCCCAGCCCCUGGGACGGUGAUUACGACUACACAACACGUAUCUCUUCUCCUCCACGUCAGACGUACCGGAGUAACACGCCCGCUCGUCCCCACAUCUUUGGGUAUACAGCAAGGGCGACCUUUUCCACCUCAGUCUUCGCCAUGAACAGACCGACAGGCACGUCCAGUCGUAUCCUUGUGGACAUCCCGUGUAAAGUCUGCCAGGAUCACUCCUCGGGGAAACACUACGGGAUCUAUGCUUGCGAUGGGCAAAAGUCACAGCAAGGAUCUUCUCCCGAGUUGGGUGACCUUGCUGGGCGGAUCAGAGGGAAGCCCUGGGGAAUUUGUGGUCGCGGAGACCGGGCGCCUUCUUUUGGUGACCGACACUUGGUGCUGGGGGAGGUGGAUCCACAGAGAUCCAUCAGACGGAACAGACAGUAUAUAUGCAAAUCUCGAGGUCAGGGGUCAUGUCCUGUGGACAAAACACAUCGGAAUCAGUGCCGGGCGUGCCGCUUGAAGAAGUGUAUCGAGGCAGGCAUGAACAAAGAUGGUGAGUUUUCUUGUUUUGAAGAGUGGAUGGGUUAUGAGGAGGUUGGACAGGAACUUGACUUGUGUCUCACAUCACACAACAAAGAAAGUAGCGACUGUCGCCUUUUGGCUGCUAAAGACACAGCAUGGGGGCAAGAGCAACAGAGAACAAUGAGCAAUUCGCACCACACAACCAAACUCACGGGACAGAAAGGAGAGACCGUGGUCUGGGGGGAUGGUGUGAAUCCCACGUCCUUCCUCGCGCCGCUUCCUUCCCGGGAAGAGAUACACAGCACCACCAGCGAAUGGGGGCCUGCACCUCCCUUCUUCCCCUCCUUCGUGGGCUACGAGCAGGUCGGUGAUGGCGUGACGGUCUCCGCGGUGGAACCGCCCACUUCUGUGGCCACGCCCCCUGCCGGCGUGCUCAUGCACCCACUGCCUAAGUACCCACACGAAGUUCUCCAAGGCUACGCCAGUAAUCCGGAAGCCAUCUGUGAGGCAGCCGCGCGUCUCCUGUUCAUGAGCGUCAAGUGGGCCAAGACGGUGCCAGCCUUUGUGACGUUGCCAUUCCGGGACCAGGUCCUGCUGCUGGAGGAGAGUUGGCGGGAACUGUUCGUGCUCGGGGCUGCGCAGUUCCAGAUUCCGCUGGACGCUGGUCCUUUGCUGGCCAAUCUUGGCAUAAUGAAAACGUUUACCAUUCCGGCCAUCUUUGUUUUCCCUCCAGGUGUGACGUCAGAGCAGAGCUCGGCGGAGAAGGUGGUGUCGGUGAUGAGCGAGGUGAGGGCCCUGCAGGAGACGAUAGCCAAGUUCAAGGCCCUGCAGGUCGACCCCACGGAGUAUGUCUGCCUCAAGGGCAUCGUCUUAUUCAAAACAGUAUUCGCCAACAACUCGUCUGAGAUGAAGACUCUGCGAGAGUUCCACUCCGUGGCCACGCUACAAGACCAGGCACAGCUCACUCUGAACCAGUACAUCCGCACGGCAUACCCUACUCAGCCGUUCAGAUUCGGGAAACUUCUCCUCCUCCUCCCCUCCCUGCGUGUUGUAAGCGGUAUCACCAUAGAGGAGCUCUUCUUCAGGAAAACCAUCGGCAACAUCCCAAUCGAGCGCCUUUUGGUAGACAUGUUCAAGUCCAGUGACUUCUAAUGGCAUUGAAGAAUUAUUUGAGAAACAAACUAUAAGCAAUAAGUGUCGGAUAGAUACUUAAAGUGUCUAGAAGUGUUGGACGGACGCUUAGAAAUGUCUAGAAAUGUCGGAGAGACGCUUAGAAGUGUCUAGAAAUGUCGGAUAGACGCUAGAGGUGUCAUGGAGUGUCGGAUAGACACGAAAUAAACACAAACUUCAGAAUUAUUCUUACUCGGAGAGAGCAUGACGAUGUGAUUUUGAAGAAAAAGACGACAAACUAAUCGAGAAUUGCGCCGCGCCACUUUCAGAGACGGACAAACUCAGGCCUGGACUCGCACUGAUAUUGUGCGCUCGUGUGUGUGACUUACACGACAAUAUCUCAGUUCAAAGGCGCUGCCACUGGUUUAUUUCUGAGAUGGACACUAUUCUGAGAAUGUUGAAAAAGUGAUUCCAAAGUUUCGUUUCUUCGUGUGUAACAAUCAAGCCAUAAGGUAUUGCCAACGUUCAACCGGACAUCGCGUCACGUGACAAGUGACAUCACGUCCUGUGACUUUUAUGCUUCUGGCGUCUGGUCUCAGAUAGAAGAACUGAAGAAUUCUAAAGCUUCCAGUACGCCGUUAUUGUGGUGAUGUUCCUGCUCAAGGAAGGGGCUGCUCUGUAUAUCGAAAGAAAAUUAUUGUAGAACAUUUUUCGAACCAUUGUGUUAUUCACGCAUUCAUUCUUUCAUUUACUGGUUUAUUCAUUAACUAAAUCAUUCAUUCAUUCAUUCAUUCAUUCAUUCAUUCAUUCAUUCAUUCACUCUUCAUUCAUUCUUUCAUUAAUCCUCUAAUUCAUCUAUUCUUUCAUUCCCUUAUCCGUCACUCAUUCUCCUAAAGCUUCAUUCAAUCAUUGAUUUAUUCAAUCAGUCAUCUUUCAUUCAUUCUUUCAAUCAUCUACAAAAAAUGUCCCAAACUUUACGAUUGAUGAAGCUGGCUUUGCUAGUUCCCACCGGGGACAUCUGCCAUCUCUCCUUCCACACAAUCGCCAACGCUCUCAUGUCUACCCUCUUACUGAAUUAUGUCCCAUCUAUUUAUUAUUCUGGCGGCUUGCUCUAUAAACAACAUGACUAUUUUCCUUGUUUAUGUUUCAAGUCCCAUGAUCUGUGCCAAUAUUUUACUGUUUUCAACUCACUAUUGCCCACUUGCCCUCGACUGUGACGGCUGUCAAUGAACUGUGCUUACGUCAUUAAAAAGGGGUGUACACUUAUACCAAGUGGUCCGAUUUUUGUCAGAUCUGCGCGUCAUGACAGCGACAGUUCUGAUCCGUGUUCUCUAAAACGGAACCAGUUUGGCACAGAGCUACACAAUUGUCUGAGCAUCAAACAUAUUUGUUUUUGUGGCUCACAGUCAAAUUGGAUUUAGGAAGAAGUUAUUUUCAAGUCUAAAAGAUUCUGGGGACAAAAAAUGGGUAAACAAAAAGAAGUAAUCAUAGUAAUAAUGAGAUCUUCUGUUGGGUUCUUUUAGUACGAAAAUAGUAGUCCCUCCUAUUACAAAGGAAUGGCAGAUGGUAUGUGCGCCUUUCAUUUUUACUAAGGUUUCUGUUCAUAUGUCUUUUUACGUCCCCUCUUCGGCACUAUUUUUAUACCAUGUAGGAGGCGGGCUUCCUACUAUGCCUGUCUGGGCCAACCCGAGCUGAGAGGGAUACAGCAUCCCAACAGAAAGACCGAGAAACUCGAUUAAUCAAAAUUUCUCUCCUCUGGGGAAUCGAACUCGGGUCGCCUGCGUGCGAGAACGAAGUGCCUAACCACAACACCAUAGACGCCAGUCCGAUUAGAGUCGCCACUGGAAUAAGUGUACGUCCCUUUUAGAGAUGUAUGGAUUAUCUUUGUGUGUCGUACCAAAAGGACCUACACACGACUGAUUUUGUUUUCUGCUUUCUUUAACUGUGCAUCAUGGACUGUUAAAACGUAUGCUUCACUUCAGUGUGUUAUUGUUUUUACCACAAAUAUUUUCUUUGGGUGCUGGUGAGACUCUGAUCGCGGUCGCCGCUUGUGUGACGAAUCUAGAGCUUAUACGGGGCGGAACUACAUCUUUUAUCAAGAAACUCGCAAAUAUUUUGAGUCUAUCUCUCUCAGUUUUCUGUGGUGCUCCCCUGUGUGAUCCGUUCACCAUUAUGUACAUUGUAUAUAGUUAUCUGCCCAUACUUAGAUGGACGAAACUGAUGGUAUACUCGAGAUGAGUGAUUGUGUUGGCUCCAGUCAUGUCUUGUGCUGGGGUUCAGGAAGUGAGUUGUGUGACGCUGAAGUUAUGUAUUCAUCUCAUGUGAACUUUUAACGUGUUAUUAUUAGAUGUCUAAGAGCCCUGAAUGGGAAUAUUUAUCUGUACUUGCCUGUAUAGGAACUCUUGUUUCCUGGGAGGAAAAAUCAAGUUUGAUUAAAUUAACCGAAUCGCUGCUACUGAGCUCUCUCGCCAUAGGCUCAAAAGGAAAGACAUUUGACAUUAUGAAUUUGCUUUAUAAAGGUUUUUAUUGAGCUUGGUUGUUGGGGGGGGGGGGCUUUUUUAGCCUGCUUAUUGUCUCCAUUUCGGAGGCCGGUUGCUAUGUCUUUUGUCACAAAUCUCCUUUAGGGAAAAGGAUGUGACUGUGACCUUCACUUUCUACGUGUCUCAGACUAUACUGGUCACGAGUUUAGAGCCGCAGGCGUGUGUAAACAUUUGAAGUUACGAUUGUCUUCCAACAACUCUCUCUGACACGAACAGUAAAAUAGGCUGUACGAAGAGCAAAUAAUAGUCUAAGACCGCGAGCAGUCCUUGACAAAUUGUGGGUGUCUAGGUAUUUGUCAGAUAUGACGAAUGCAAAAUAAUGACAGGCUUUGCCUAGUCUGUUAGAAACGAUAUAUUCUACGACACAAUGUGUGACGAUUAAUAAAUCUGAUAAACAGAAAAUACAUAAAAUUAUACUUUUACUCUUUAAGAACGCAGCGGACACAAACAUACUAGAUCCAGCCAGCAGCGGAACAAAGGCAGUGUUUCUGCGCAUUUUGAAUCAUCAUACACGCAUACGAAAUAAAAAUUUCCUUACUUCAUGAUAAGCAUGUUGUUGCAUGCCUUUUAAAGCUUCAAAUAAAGAAAACUAAGUCGAAAAAUAUGUUUUAAUGAUGAAGUUAUGUCUCUAAACAGAGGCAUCUUUAAGUGCUGAAGAAUGUCCGGAAGGUGAGUCUUCAAUGAGUUAAAACUGUUCACAUUAACUACAAAAAAACAAACACCACUCCCUAAGCAUUAUUUGUGCCCCGGGCUGCAGACAUCUGGAGAGUCUGUGCAAAAAGAUAAAGGAACAAAGACUGUGAUUUGAGAUGAAGAAUUAAUUCUGUAUGUAUUAAACCUGUCCAAGUGUACUAUAAGAAUUAUGUCUAACUCAGGGACACUCGUUGUCGUGUCUAUUACAUUGUUGCCAAUCUAGAGUUGUGAGCUAGGUCGUGUUUUGUUUUCGUUUUGCUGUCAAUAACUUUAUUGUUUGUUCGUAUGUUUUGUUUUGUCGAAAAAAGAGAUACAGAUCUUUAACAGCUAUCUUCCUGUUUUUAUUUUGAAUUGUUUGCCCAAUUUGAAAAAUAAUUAUCAAUAUCUUCUUCCCAUCUCUACUGAAUGAUUUCGUUGAAACCUGGCCCACAGUUACUGUGAAUUAUUUCCAGAUCAAGAAAUAACGUAAAUUCGAUCGAACGAGUUCUAUAAAAAAUUUUAAACGAAGUCAAAAGGAAAUAGACUUGAUUACUGCCUACAUCUGGCACAGUGUUAUCCUCCUACACAGAACUAUAACUUUGAAUUACGUUGUGGGUCCUUUACUCUUUUUUAUGUUGAUUGAAAAUGCUGAUCGAUCCUACCCUUUUGAAGGAUUCUAUCUCUACUGUUGAGAAGAAAAAAAAUCCAUAUAGCAUUCCGUUAUGGCAUGGUAUUUUUGCUUCCAGCCAAGGAUCGAAUCGGAUUUGAAACUCCAUCAUGGUUUUUAUUUUUCAUGUCUAAUAAUUAGUUUUACAGUUGACGUUGCUAUCUAAUAUUUGUUUUCUCGCUGCAUGAAAUUAUGUCUUGAUUAUGUAAGUUCUGGACGUGCGUAUAUGUGCGUACAGGUUAAUCUUUGUGUUAUAUAAAUGCUCUGAAUGGAAGAAUAGAUCUGGAUUUUAUGUUGAAUUAAAGAUUUAUUUGUGCGAUA